AUGCAUUUAAUACUCGCCUACAUAUUAAGUCAUCUGCUCAUAAACAGUAAAUUUCUGCUGGUGCACACUGCCGAAAUCAAAACUACUGUUGAACCAGUCUCCACUUCCAAUUGCUAUACGGAUGAGAAUACUACUUGUGAUUGUUAUAACGAUAUGGUUUUUAAUUGUAAUGUUAUCGAUGGACGCAAUAUUAUUCAAAUUUCUUCAUACUUGCGAACUCUCCACGUAGUGUGUGACACAGACACAGAAACUAAUAUCAAUUUCCUACUCGAGCGCAAAUUUCAGUCAACUUUAGUUAAAACCCAUAAUAUCCAAGUAAUAAAUUGCAAGAAUUUUGCACACGAAAUCUUUAUGGGAAACAAUGUGCGGGAGAUUAUACAAGAAAUGCACGAGCUGAAUAAAGUAAAACUAGUCUAUAACAUUGACCUUGCUCCAGAACCAACGUCAUAUAUUGAUUAUAACAGGAAUGUGCUUCACCUACAAUUGAUUAUUAAAUCAAAUCGUUACGAAAUCCGGGAAGCAGAUAUUAUAACCAUACCAAUUAACAAAUUUUCUAGGCAGAAGCAACUGGAAACACUUUCGCUUAGGGUACAAGGUCUAGGAAACCAGUACUUAUCGCUCGAAAACUUAACGCAAACAUACUUUAGAGACUUCACUGCGCUCAGACAGCUUGACUUAGCCGGAAAUAAUAUGAGAAUGUUGGACGCAAAUAUCUUUGCAGCGCUAACGCAAUUGAAUUGUCUGAAUUUGAGCCGUAAUGAAAUCCGGGAGUUGCCCGAAAGUCUGUUUGCAUAUCAGCGUCAACUGUUCAUACUGGAUCUAAGUCACAAUUUAUUGACACAUUUAACGCCACACCUUUUCGAUCAAACUCCUUGGCUAUGGGAGUUGAAACUUGCUGGCAAUAACCUGUACGACACCACAAAUCUCAUGGAAAAUCUAAAACCGCUGCAUUAUCUACAUAGGCUAGACGUAAGCCAAAACCAACUGCACACUAUUUGGAGCACCGAGACUUCCGUCAAUAGAACGCCAAGGCUACUGACAAAUUUUGGAUACAGCUAUAAGAACAUAAGUAAAGCUUUAGUCGACGGUCUUAAUUAUAUUACCAAGUUGCAACCAGAAAAUUACGAAGGUGGCAAGAUUAGCACAACUGUAAUCAAUUUAAGUGGUAAUCGUUUGCGCGAAUUCAAUUUGGACUGGCUUGUAGCAGCAAACAUUACAUGCCCUUUUGAAGUAAAUCUAGAGCACAAUUUGAUAAAAAACAUGUUUGCUUUACAAAAUUUCACUACGACUGACGAUUGUUCGCGCGAAAUCAAAAUGACUGGCAAUCUCAUCGAGUGCGAUUGUAAGUUUGCUUGGAUUUACAGUGAAAGCUUUCGUUCGCUAUUCAAUGGUUCACAGUGCGUUCAGACGUCAAGCAAACUGGUAAAAGAUGUCGCGCAACUGGAACGUAAUGACCUGUGUGCUUGGGAACCGGUAAUGUGCCCCAGAGAAUGCAAUUGUUACACACAAUUUGAAUACUUGCACAUCAAUUGCAGCGGUGCGCAACAUAUCGAACAGCUCCCACGCCCCGAGCAAGUUGGGCUCAAGAGUUCGGUACUCGAUAUUAGCAAUAACAAUUUCUUUGUAUUGCCGCUAAACACCACCUUCGGCUAUGCUAACGUUUCGCAACUCAACGCGUCGAACAAUCAAAUCACGAGCAUAAAUCUCAGUCAACUGCCAACCAAUUUGACGGUUUUGGAUCUACGAAAUAAUCGCUUAAAUUCUUUAAAUGAUGAAUUUUUGCGUACAUACCUCAAUGACAGCAAACAACUACAAUCUCUCUAUCUUAGUGGAAAUCCUUGGAUUUGCGACGGUACCUCGCAGCAACUGCUGUACACCAUACGCACACAUCGGACACGCAUACCCGACGCCGACCAGAUGCUCUGUGGUCCUGUUAAGGUAGUAGUCUAG